AUGGCAAAGCUUGUUCUCCUCACAGGUCUAACCCUUCUGCUGAAUGCUCAGCUGGGCUCUGCCUACGAGCUGACAUGCUACUUCACCAACUGGGCCCAGUACCGGCCCGGCCUGGGGCGCUUCAAGCCUGAUGACAUCGACCCCUGCCUCUGUACUCACCUGAUCUAUGCCUUUGCUGGGAUGCGGAACAACGAGAUCGCCACCAUCGAAUGGAAUGAUGUGACUCUCUACCAAGCUUUCAAUGGCCUCAAAAACAAGAACAGCCAGCUGAAAACUCUCCUGGCCAUUGGAGGCUGGAACUUUGGGACUGCCCCUUUCACUGCCAUGGUGUCCACUCCUGAGAACCGCCAGACCUUCAUAGCCUCGGUCAUCAAAUUCCUGCGCCAGUAUGAGUUUGACGGGCUGGACUUUGACUGGGAGUACCCAGGCUCUCGUGGGAGCACUCCUCAGGACAAGCAUCUCUUCACUGUCCUGGUCCAGGAAAUGCAUGAAGCUUUUGAGCAGGAGGCCAAGCAGAUCAACAAGCCCAGGCUGAUGGUCACCGCCGCCGUAGCUGCUGGCAUCUCCAACAUCCAGUCUGGCUAUGAGAUCUCCCAGCUGUCCCAGUACCUAGACUACAUCCAUGUCAUGACCUAUGACCUCCAUGGCUCCUGGGAGGGCUACACCGGAGAGAACAGCCCCCUCUACAAGUACCCAACUGACACCGGCAGCAAUGCCUUCCUCAAUGUGGAUUACGCCAUGAACUACUGGAAGGACAACGGGGCCCCGGCUGAGAAGCUCAUCGUUGGAUUCCCUGCCUAUGGACACACCUUCAUCCUGAGUGACCCGUCCAACACUGGAAUUGGUGCCCCUACCUCUGGCGCUGGUCCUGCUGGGCCCUACACCAGGCAGUCUGGGUUCUGGGCUUACUAUGAGAUCUGUACCUUCCUGAAAAAUGGAGCCACUGAGGCAUGGGAUGCCCCCCAGGAUGUGCCCUAUGCCUAUCAGGGCAACGAGUGGGUUGGCUAUGACAACGUCAAGAGUUUCAAUAUCAAGGCCCAGUGGCUUAAGCAGAACAACUUUGGAGGCGCCAUGGUGUGGGCCAUCGAUCUGGAUGACUUCACUGGCACUUUCUGCAACCAGGGCAAGUUUCCCCUGAUCUCCACCCUGAAGAAGGCCCUCGGCCUGCAAAGUGCAAGUUGCACAGCCCCCGCUCAGCCCAUUGAGCCAAUAACUGCAGCUCCCAGCAGUGGCAGCGGAAGUGGCAGUGGGAGCGGGAGUGGCAGCCCUGGAGGCAGCACUGGAGGCAGUGGAUUCUGUGCUGGCAAAGCCAACGGCCUCUAUCCCGUGGCCAAUAACAGAAACGCCUUCUGGCACUGCCUGAAUGGAGUCACGUACCAGCAGAACUGCCAGGCCGGGCUUGUCUUCGACACCAGCUGUGACUGUUGCAACUGGGCAUGAGCCUGACCUGAUCUCCAUUCCCGCGGCUUCUGCACAGUUUCCCUUGCUUAGGACAUCUUGCCCCUACCUAAAGUUCUGCAAUAAAAUCAGCAGUCAAAGCA